AAAGCAGUCUCCAGAUCACAAAGAGCUGGUCUGCAGUUCCCUGUAGGUCGUAUCCACAGGCACCUGAAGACCCGAACUACCAGCCAUGGUCGUGUCGGAGCUACAGCGGCGGUGUACAGCGCGGCUAUCUUGGAGUACCUGACUGCUGAGGUUUUGGAGUUGGCUGGUAAUGCCUCCAAGGAUCUGAAGGUGAAGCGUAUUACUCCAAGGCAUUUACAGUUGGCCAUCCGAGGUGAUGAGGAGUUGGACUCGCUUAUCAAAGCUACUAUUGCUGGUGGAGGUGUGAUUCCACACAUCCACAAGUCACUGAUUGGAAAGAAGGGCCAGCAGAAAACCGUAUAAGAUGCAUUGAUGUUCGAUUCUGUCUUUGUAUAGAACACGGCAAUCGGCAUUGAGAGAGAGCAGUUGCUUUUGUUAUGUUUCCGCAUUUGUUUGGCAAGCGUAGUUUAUCAUAACAAUGUUUAGAGUUUGACGUACUGUAUUCAUGGUAAUUAAUGGGGGAGGGGGGUGUUACGUGUUGUGGGGUAAGGGGGGUGUUACGUGUUGUGGGGUAAGGAAAUGUAAUCAUGGUUUUUGUGUUUAGUUGGGUUAAGGAAAAGGUUCUGGGUUUUGUGAGGUUUGGGUUUCAUUAUUGGCAUUUUAAAAUCUGUUUUAUACAUUAAAAGAUUUUUUUUU